AUGUCUCUCCUCGGCCCGCUCCAGCGUACCCUCCGCCCCACCCUCUCCCUCCGCUACCAGCUCCUCCUCCGCCGCCACCAAUCCACAACCACCUCUCCAGUCCGCCGCAACCGCACCACAAUCCUCUAUGCCUCGCUCUCCCUCCUCGCCGGCGGAGGCGUCGGCCUCUUCGCCUUGCACAACAUCGCCCCUCCUCCGAUGCCAUCAGCCGGGACGCAUGAAGACAGAGUCCUGCUCGCGGACCUGAACAAACGCAUCGACGAGGAAUUCAAAGUCAAAGUCCUGCGGGGGAAGUGUUUAGGUGUCGCGAAGGCGCUGAAAGGGAAAGAGGGUGGAUGGGUGGAGAUAUUACCUGCUAGUGAGGGGAUGGAGAAGGAGUUUAUCAACACGAUGCAAGGCGCGAAGGGUCUAGCUGUGGAGAGGGUCUUCUGGGAUCGAGGCGAGCAGAGACUUGUCGCAGUGGUGUAUUUCGGUGGGGCGCUGAGUGGAUGGCCGGGGGUUACACAUGGAGGAUUGCUGGCAACGGCGAUGGAGGAGAAGAUUACAUUGGCGAAUUACCUCGCUGGAGGAGGGGAUUCCUCUGCGAAUGCGGCUGUUGCGCCGCAGAGACUGCCUGGGACGGGGAAUCAUGCGACUGUCACAGUCGAUCCAGCGUCUGUGCUUCCUGAACCGGCGCAGGUGUCUAUCGAUUACAAGAAACCGACGUACGCGAACAAUUUCCACGUCAUUCGCGUGCGGCCUGCGUAUGAUACGGAUGAGGAUGUGAGGAUGCCGGUUCAUGGGCACGAGUGGAUCGCGACGUUGGAGAUGAUGGAUAAGGAUGCGACGGUUUGUGUGAGGACUACGGCGAGGUUUGAUUCGAAGGGGGUUGGAGAGAGAGCGAAGGGAAAAGUGCAGGAGGGGGUGAGGUGGAGUUAUAGCGAGUUGAGGGAGUGGUUGUGGCCGAGUCGGCAGAGGGAGAGUUUGGGUGGGUGA